UGUGUUGAGUUGUUUUCUUAAAUUUCUUUAGUCCACCAUCAGCAUUCGUAGGCAAUGGCACGUACACCCAAGUAGAAAAAGAAAUUACAACUUUCAUUUUUUAUCUUUGACUGUUAGUCAAUUACUUGCACUGUAAAUAAUACAUUAAAAUUACUGUAGAAUAUUAAUAAAUAAUAAAUUGAUACUUCUUCUAAAUAUAAAUAAUUUUCAAACAAUUAUCAGGAUAUCAUAAACAAAUUGAUUUAAAAGGAAAACAUUGUAAUUAGCCACAAUGUCUGUCGUCAAUAGAUCAAUUUUAAAACUAUUUCCAAAAAGAGCCUAUCAAAAUUUUAUACAUUCCCAUAAAAUAAAAUCAAAAUCAUUUGGCAAAUUGGCGAGUUAUGAUGUUUCAAUCCAAAAUUCCAGGUUUGUCAUACGUCGAAUGGCUCAUAGUAUGGCUCAAAUAAAUUGGAUAUCUAGUAAAGAUGAAAGUAGGGAAAUGAUGGCCCUGUGGCCUGAUAUUGUUCGUGAUCUCACUGAAGCUGGUCGUCAUUUAGAUAUUCCAGAGGCAACUAAAUGGAUGGCAAAGGUGCUACAAUAUAAUGUUCCUAACGGAAAAAAAAAUAGGGCUUUAGCUUUAGUAUAUGCCUAUCGAAAAUUAGUACCCCAAGACCAACUAACAGAAGAUAAUAUCCGUCUAGCUCGAAUUCUAGGCUGGUGUGCUGAAUUGCAUCAAGCAUUUUUAUUGGUAGAAGAUGAUGUGAUGGAUCAUUCAGUGACUCGUAGGGGCCAACCAUGCUGGUAUUUACACAAUAAUAUUGGACUCUCAGCAAUAAAUGAUGGGCUUUUAUUGGAGCAAACAUUGUAUCAAUUACUCCGAAUGUACUUUAAGAAAAAGCCAUGUUAUGUGAAUCUUUUGGAGUGUUUCCAUGAUACGACGUUGAAAACCAUUAUGGGUCAAACGUUAGAUACACUUUCAACACAAUUCGGUGAGCGACCAAAUUUUAAUUUAUUCACAAUGGAUCGCUAUAAUGCAAUUGUAAAGUAUAAGACUGCAUAUUACUCAUUCGUUAUGCCAGUAACUUUAGCAAUGGAUUUUGCGGGAAUUACAGAUCCAGAAAUGCAUAGGCAAGCAAAAACAAUUCUAUUAGAAAUAGGUCAUUUCUUCCAAGUUCAAGAUGAUUAUCUCGAUUGUUAUGGAGAUUCAAAACGAACCGGAAAAAUUACUGGAACAGAUAUUAAAGAAGGGAAAUGCACUUGGUUAGCCGUCGUUGCUCUUCAACGCGUAACACCGUCUCAGAGAAAGAUUUUUGAGGAAUGCUAUGGGUAUAAUGAUGAUGAAAAAGUAGCACGAAUCAAACAGUUGUAUGAUGACUUAGGACUUUCCACAACUUACGCGAUUUAUGAAGAAGAAAGUUAUAAUCUCAUGAAUACUCAUAUUCAACAGAUAUCACGUGGACUACCACACGACCUAUUUUUCAAAAUUUUAUCGAAAAUUUACCGCCGAAAUGCAUAAAAUUAAAAAAUCAUUGAAUCAAGUCAUUAACUUCUGUAUAUAUAAAAUAUAUUGAAUAUUUUUUUCUUUAAUUAAUUAAUGUU